AUGACUGUUGAGCUACGGCGAUCACCACCGUGAGACGACCAAAUACCGUCUUCACCACCAACGGAUUCGCGUUACAUCGUCGCAAUACAUCGCUACAGCCCGACCAUACUGAUGAGGCCCGUGACGACCAUGGCGCGGGCGCGCUGUUCCCGGAUCCUCCUCAGACCAGCGACAAGAUCCUACGCGACCGCCAACAAGCCUCCUUCGGCUGUGGCCAACUUCUACAAAACUUUCACGCGACCGACGCUGAAGGUUCUCCUCAUGGCGACACUGACAUACCAAAUCGCCUACUUGGCGUGGACCAAACUCGAGAUGGAUGAAAUCAAGGCAGAGCGAACGCAAGAGGUCCAAACCCUCGAGGCACAAGUAGACGAGCUCAGAAAGGGACAGCAGAUGGAAAAGAAAUGAUGAUGGCAAUGCGCAACUCCCGCUCGGAGGCUUGAACCAAGGGUUCGAGCAGUUCGGCGACCAUCGUAUUGUAGCAUGCAAAUAUCUUCGGGCAAGAGGGAACCCUAGUGGAGCCUCCAAAGCUAGGCAAAGAUGAUGCGCACUCUAUAUUGAAUGCAUCAUCGAAGAGUGGUCUAUGGCGGGCGUCUUAAGCUCGAUAUGCAGGGAAGGGUGUAUGAGUAGCAAAUGGGUACUGACUCUGGGUGUACGAUAUAAAUGAAUAUACCAUUGCACUUCGUUGGACGGAUGC